CAACACAUGUCAAACAAAAAACAAGAAAAUGAGCUAGAGCAAUUAAAAAGGCAAGUCAAAGAGCUUUUAGAUUUUCAAAAAUCACGGACUAAUACAGUAAAGAAAUUUAAUGGUAACACGUCCGGCAAAAACAGAAAAUGUGAUAUUUGCCACAGGACUAACCACAUUACUGAGAAUUGUUUCCGUAACAAAAAAUUAAUAGUUCAAUGCCAAAUUUGUGAAAAAUACGGCCACGAAGCAAGUGUCUGCAGAUCCAGAAAAAAGGAAGCAGAUGACACAAAGUGUCAAUUAUGCCAGAGCCAAAAUCACACAGCAAAAAAUUGCAACUCAAAAAACUAGCUUUUAGGUUAAACGCUCACGCUAAGGACAUACGUUCACCUUUAACCUUAGCAAAAUCAAAAAUAGAAUCUCAUCAAUCAAAAAAUAUUAUAAAUAAAGUUAAUAGAAGCAAUAAGAUUGAGUACGUACAAUCGACAAGUCAAUAUUCUAGCGCAAAAGCAUUGUACAUCAUAGCCACAUUAAACCAAGCAGAAAUAACAGUCACUAUAGAUACCGGGGCAAAUCUAAAUAUAUUAAACACGGAAUUAGCUAAAGGAUACAACAUUAAAAAGGUUGAAAAUAUGCUAAUAACCGGAGCAGAUAACAAGCCCUUGGAUUUAAUAGGAAAAACUAUUAUUCAAAUCGUCAUUGAGAACGAGCAGUUUGAUGUAGACGUCUAUGUUGUAAAUAACUUAAUAAGUUCGCUCAUAUUGGGAAACAGAUUUCUAUUCAAUAAUAAGGCUCAUAUUAACUUUAAUUCAAAUUUGAUGAUUAUAAAAAAUAUUAUAACUACGAAAAUAUACAACGCCGACCAAGUCGCAAUAAAAAAAAACAAUACAAAUAACGUGAACAGUAAGAACGUUAUUUCUACACUCACAACACAAAUAGCCGCACAGAAUAAAUUUGCUGACAACACACGUUUAGCAAAACUACGGGAGGUCUUCGAAAAAUAUCAAAUGGGCGAAAAUGUUGCGGAAGACAACAAUUGCGCAUUGCAUGCAAUUUGCAAUGCAAUUAGCUCAUCUAAACAAAAGAAAAUCACACUUUGUGAUUUAUUGGUGUUAUUAAAAAUAAAAGACGUCCCAGGCUAUUGGUUUUCAGAUGAAGAAAUUGCCAGCAUAUUAAAUCACUAUUCAAUGGACACGUACAUUUAUUCUGAAAAACAUAAAUACGGAGUAAUGUACGGAACGGGUGAUCGAAAUUUUGCGGUACUAUAUCAUGUAAAUAAUGGUACUCAUUGGCGGCCCGGCAAGCCGACUACAAAAACAUCAAAGUACAUACUGCAGCAUAUAGUAGAGAUAAACGAAUUUCUACCAUUAAAAAAAAUUAUUCAGUCAGUACAGCUCCACGUGGAGCAGAGUAAACAGUGCAUAAAAAACAAUAAUGCAAUUAUCAAUGAAAUCGGAGUAGCUAACGCCACGAGCCACGGCCACCCAAAUACAGAAACGAUGAUACAAGACAAAGCAACAUCAUUGUCAACUGUUCACACAGCUAUGCAUAACGAAACAAUUAAAGAGCAAUUAACCGACAAUGACAACACGCCUAUUAAGAUAUCAUCACAUUUAUCCCAAGAACAACACGCUAAAGUAGUUGACCUAGUGAAAAAAUACUUACACGUAUUUUCUACGGACGCAUCUAGAUUAGAGCCAGCAAAAGUACCGCCAUGUGAAAUAAAACUAAAGGAAAACGUAAAAGAACCAAAAUUUAAUGCUCCACAUAGAGUAUCCCCUGCUCAAAGAGACAUUUUGAAAAAAGAAUUAGAUAAAUUACUUGACGUAGGAAUAAUUAAACACGCCAUGUCAAAAUAUGCAGCAAACGCUUUUCUCGUCAAAAAGAAAGAAAAAGAUCAACAUCGUCUAGUAAUAGACUACAAAGACUUAAACGAAAGAGUUGAACCUGACAAUUAUCCACUUCCACGAUCUCAAGAUUUGUUCAGAGCACUAGAAAACUCACAAUUCUUCUCAAGUCUANGCUAG